UCUGCGACAGUGUAUAAACCACACACGCCGACAAUCCAUUUGCUGUUGGUGGAUUUUAACUCAUUUCUGUCGAUACUAGAUUUAAGUUUUGAGAUGACGAUGGACCUGACAUUCCUGGGGACGGGGUCUGCGUAUCCGUCCCCUCACCGUGGGGCUUCUGCGCUCGUGCUCAGGACGGAAGGAGAAUGUUGGCUGUUUGAUUGCGGAGAAGGAACGCAGACUCAGAUGAUGAGAAGCUCACUGAAGGCUAGUCGCAUCACCAAAGUGUUCAUCUCCCACCUCCACGGGGAUCACCUGUUCGGUCUCCCUGGGUUGUUGUGCACUGUAAGCCUCAACACCAGCCCCACCCAGCCCCCAGCUUGUGUGGAUAUUUACGGUCCCCGCGGUCUUAGGAAGUUUCUCCGGGUAGCCCUGGAGCUUACCUCCUCCCAGCUUCUCUUCCCCUACGCAGUCCAUGAGCUGGAGCCUACCCCGGACCAGAGCCCCCCGGACGGACACCUCAGCCCAGAGACCACCGCCGACUCUGGGCCUCUCCACCCUCAGGAGCUGCCCGGUCGGACGGUUGUCCUGGAUGUCACUCGUGACUGCUACGUUCUUCUGGAGGACCAGCAGUUUGUGGUGUUGGCUUUCCGGUUGUUUCACAGGGUCCCGUCUUUCGGCUUCUCCGUGCAGGAACGGGACCGUCCUGGAAGACUGAACGCCGAACUACUGAAAGAGCUUGGUGUGCGUCCCGGCCCAGUGUUCGGGCGUCUGAAGGCAGGUGAGACGGUGACGUUGGAGGGUGGCCGGACGGUGACCCCCAAGGAGGUACUGGAGGAUCCCAUCCCAGGCAGGAAGGUGUGCAUCCUGGGCGACUGCUCCUCGCCGCUGGGAGGGGGUCUCCAGGGGGCGUGUCAGGGGGCGGACCUCCUGGUCCAUGAGGCCACGCUGGGGGACCAGCAGCGGGAGAAGGCGGUGGAGCGUGGGCACAGCACGCCCGGCAUGGCGGCGGAGGUGGCUCGCUCGUGCGGGGUGAGGCGGCUGGUUCUUUACCACUUCAGCCAGAGGUUCCGGCCGCUGGCGGCGAGGGGGGAGGGGGAGGAGGGAGGAGGGAGGGCGAGGAGGGAGGGGGAGGAGGAUGUGGGGGAGCUGGGGAGGCAGGCGGAGGAGGCGCUGCUGGGGACUGGGAUAGAGGUCACCCUGGCCGAGGACUUCCUCACCCUGCCCAUUCCCCUCAAACGACCCAACUGAAACCUUGUAUGCUUUUAUAAUGUUAUGAUUCCUGCUGCAUGCUUGUAACAAUAUGAUCCCAUUAAAACCUUGUGCAGACUAAUGCCCUUAUAAUGCUAUGAUUGUCCCUUAUUACCCCCAUUGAAACCUUUUAUAGACUUAUACACUUAUAAUGUUAUGAUUUGUGCCACUGUGUGUCCGUUAUGACUGAGUCUUUUGU